AUGGCUGAAGCUAUCCUCGAUUUUAGCAAAGAACUGGAUGUUGGUUUGUUGGACCAGGUUGUGAUGACCUUGUUUACUGGUUCUGGAAGCGAGCAACAAUUAGCUCAACAAAUCCUGACUCAAUUCCAAGACCACGAAGAAGCAUGGACUCGAGUGGAUGGCAUCUUAGAGAAAUCCAGUGUCCCUCAGACAAAGUUUAUCGCGUUACAAAUUCUUGAAAAGUUUGUUCAAACCAGAUGGAACACCUUGCAAAGCGACAGUAGAAAUGCUAUUCGCUAUUUCAUUGUCAAUGUCAUUGUCAAGCAAUCAUCUGAUGAUGCCAACUUGAUCAAGGAACGCACUUAUAUCAAUAAGCUCAACAUGGUUCUUGUUCAAAUCCUCAAGCAAGAAUGGCCUCAUAACUGGCCUUCCUUCAUCCCUGAAAUCAUCGCCUCCAGCAAAUCAAACCUCGCCCUCUGCGAGAACAACAUGGCCAUCUUGAAGUUGUUGAGUGAAGAGAUUUUCGACUUUUCUGCUGAACAGAUGACUCAAUUGAAAGCAGCUACUCUCAAGACCCAAAUGAAAUCAGAAUUCGCAGAGAUCUACAACUUGUGCAGAGAAGUGCUCGACAAAGCAGUAAAGCCCAGCCUUAUCAAAGCUACUCUUGAGACUCUACUGAGAUUCGUCAAUUGGGUUCCUGUUGGUUACAUUUUUGAAACUGAUUUGAUUGAAACUCUCCGCAACAAGUUCUUUGAACAACCUCCUUAUAGAAAUGUCACUCUCAAAUGCUUCACCGAAAUCAGUGGUCUCGAAAUUGGCGAGCCUUAUUACGAAAAGAUGGUUGCCUUAUUCACGAGCGUCAUGAAUGCUACCAAUACCAUGAUUCCUCCUAGCACCAAUAUCGCUGAUGUAUACGAGAACAGCAACGACGAUGAUCAAGAGUUUGUCCAGAACUUGGCUCUAUUCCUCACAGGCUAUCUGUCUCAACACUUGAAGAUUGUCGAACGCUUCCCCAACACGCACGAGCUUUUGAUCAAUGCUCACUUUUACCUCAUCAAGAUUUCCCGUGUUGAGGAUCGUGAGAUUUUCAAGAUCUGCUUAGAGUAUUGGGCCAAGUUGGUGCAAGGUUUGUUUGAAGAAGCUGCUAGAGCUGGUCAAGGUAGCGGUCAGUUGUUGGAUCUGAACAAUAUGGGUGGCUUCAAUGGUGCUUCCAGAAAGAACUUGUAUGUCACUGUUCUGUCCAAUUUGCGUGUAGUGAUGAUUGAAUGCAUGGUGAAGCCUGAAGAAGUCCUUGUGGUGGAGAAUGACGAAGGUGAAAUCGUGCGAGAGUUUGUAAAGGAGAGUGAUACUAUUGUACUGUACAAGAGCAUGAAGGAGGCUCUUGUCUAUUUGACCAACUUGGACGUCAAUGACACGGAGGAAAUCAUGACCACCAAAUUAGCUAGACAGAUGGACGGCAGUGAAUGGUCCUGGAACAACCUCAACAAGCUGUGCUGGGCCAUCGGUUCUAUUUCUGGUGCCAUGAACGAGGAAACUGAAAAGCGAUUCUUGGUCACUGUCAUCAAGGAGCUGUUGAGCUUGUGUGAAAUGAAGCGUGGUAAAGACAACAAGGCUGUGGUUGCAUCCAACAUCAUGUACUGUGUCGGUCAAUACCCACGUUUCUUGAAGGCUCACUGGAAGUUCCUCAAGACUGUCGUGAACAAGCUGUUUGAAUUCAUGCAUGAAUCGCACGAAGGUGUUCAGGACAUGGCUUGUGAUACCUUCAUCAAGAUUGCCCAGCAGUGUAAGCGCCAUUUCGUUGUUCAACAGCAAGGUGAAGUCAAGCCUUUUGUCGAGGAAAUUCUGGAGAAUGUCAAUCGUAUCACCUCUGAUCUUGCUCCUCAACAAAUCCACACCUUCUACGAGGCUCUGGGCUACAUGGUGGCUGCGCAGACCAGCGGUCCUGCUCAGGAGAGACUUAUGGUCAAGUUUAUGGAGCUCCCCAACAGCGCUUGGGAGAACAUGAUGAACCAAGCCAAGGAGAACACGGAAUGCUUGCAUAAUGCUACCGAGAUCAAGGUAUUGUCCAACGUGCUCAAGACAAACGUCGCUGCCUGUACAUCUGUUGGAUCUGCUUUUAUCCUUCAGUUGAGUAAGAUUUACAUGGACUUGUUGGCUCUCUAUCGUAUUGUUGGUGAGUUGGUGUCUCAAAGUGUUGCUACUCAGGGCGUGAUUGCCACCAAGACGCCCAAGGUCCGUGGUUGGAGAACCAUCAAGAAGGAAAUCUUGAAAUUGAUCGACACCUAUGUUGAAUGCACCACUGAUAUUGACACUGUGAACAACAACAUGGUCGAGCCUUUCUUGGAAGCCGUGUUAACAGACUACAACUCCAGUGUUGACACUGCUAGAGAUGCCGAAGUCUUGAAUGUGAUUGCUACCAUCGUCAACAAGUUACAUGGUUUGAUGACUCCUCGCGUCAAUGUCAUCUUUGAUGCUACCUUUGAGCCUACCUUGAACAUGAUCACCAAAGACUUUGCUGAAUAUCCUGAACAUAGAACCGGAUUCUAUUCCAUGCUGAGAGCUAUCAAUAGACACUGCUUCCCCGCUUUAUUAGAAUUGGCACCUGCUCAAUUCAAGCUCUUUAUCGACAGUAUUGUCUGGGGUUUCAAGCACACUAUGCGUGAUAUUGCUGAUAUUGGCCUCGAAAUCUGUGGUGAAUUGAUUGACAAUAUCAGUCGUACGGAUGCCGCUGUCGCUGGUGCCUUUUAUCAAUCCUACUAUCUCAGCAUUCUGCAAGACAUCUUCUUUGUCCUUACAGAUCGCGAUCACAAGAGUGGUUUCAAGGGACAAACUGAAGUGUUGGCCCGUCUCUUCCAAUUGGUGUCUAAUAAUAUGAUCCGUGUACCUCUUUAUAACGCUUCUCAAGUUUCUGACCCCAAUACUAGCAAUGCCGACUUUUUACGUGAUUACGUAUCGACCCUGUUACAAAACGCAUUCCCCCAUCUCCAGCCUGGCCAAGUCAAGGUCUUUGUGCAUGCCAUGUUUGAAUUCAACAACAACGCACCCAAGUUCAAGCUGGAAGUGCGUGAUUUCCUGAUUCAAUUGAAGGAAUUUGCAGGUGAAAAUGCAGAACUCUAUUUGGAAGAAAAGGAGAGUGAAUUAGAAGCUCAACGAAAGGCAGAGAUGGCCAAGGCAUUGUCUAUUCCUGGUAUGAUCAAGCCCUCUGAAUUACCAGUAAUGGAUGAAGAUGAAGCACUCUGA